UGGAAGAUAUAACUGCUUGAGCGGUCCCAGCUUGAAUAGCGGCCUCUGCACUCCGAGCACCAUUCGACGGCUGCGAGACCAGUCGUAAAGACCAUAGACAGACACCAGCGACGAAGACAUCUCGAUCCCCGCCAACGAUACUGUCACGCGAGUAUGUUCAGGCUGUGCCGCGCCCUGCCGACAAUAUCUGGUCGAAUAAUUCCGCAAAGGAGGGUGGAAUCGCUGUCACCGUUCCUGAAUCCGGCUGUGGCAUCGUAGCAUCAUAUAUGAUGGUGCCAAUCACUGUAGAGUCCGAGCGACUGUACAGGACCCAGCGUAUCUUCGCGCCCCGUUCGGCGGUAAGCAGAGGUAGCGGCGCGAUUGUGGACAGUUGCCACAGCCGGACGUACUGGCGGGCGAGGGGUCGGGUCGAGUCGGAGGUCCUGCGGACUUUGUGCACAGAAGAGCUCGGUAAAGGUCUGUCCUUCGAUAGAAAGUCUCGGUCGCGUUCUAGCAGAGUUAUAUUUCGAAAGGCGAAGGGAGGGAGAGUGGCAGCCGUGCUGGAUUCCGAACCAGAUUACGCGAUGGGGACGAGCGGUGUGGUCUAUGUUUGUAGUGUCAACAGGUCUUCUAUAGCCCGAUGGGGCGUCUUGUUCUUUAUAAAGAGCGGAAGAUACCCUCCCACUCCGUUCCCGCAUGAAGCUUGUAUUCCAGUCCGUGACGCGUCGGGUGCUCGAGAUGUUAAGGGCGGGCUGAGAAGCAGUGUUCGGUCAUUGUACGUAGACUCGGAAGUGAUAACGCGUCGGCGAGCCUAUGUUUUCCUGGAAGUGUGUAGGCAACAUUCCCGCGGAGCUGAGGGGCGUGGCUGUAUCUCGUUAUGGCUAUGGGAGUGAGAUCCGACAUCUAGGAGCAGCUGCCACUGAAGCUGAAGAAUACACUGGAUCGGGCCAUGUGCAGUGAGUCGUUGGUGUACUUGGGGGCCAUCUUGAAGCCAUCGUCGGGGCACUCUGAGCGGUCGAUCGGAGCGCGGAAGUCGUGGAACGCGGCGGGUAGGGGCCGUCACCGAUGAGGCUCUGAAACUAGACGGCGACGUCCAACAGUGAACCGGUAGAGCCACACUGAUCUCAAGGGCAGGAAGGGGUUGGGGCUUGCGGUUGUUUUCUGGAGAUGGUCGGGAGGGUACAUAGGAAAAGGGAUCAAAGCU